AUGGCGGCCACCGACAUCGAGCAGAUGAAUAAGCUCCGCAAGAGCCUGGGCUUACCAUUGCUUAACGUAAGUGGACAGCCUCCACCAACCUCUGAGGGACCAACAUUCAAAGAACAUUCUACAAGCGACGACAGCGACCAAGAGCCCGCAUCGACCCUGGAGACGCGCGAGGCCGCCGGGUAUGAGAACUGGAACCAGUUGCGUGAGGACGAAAGAAAACGCAUCGAGCGGGAGAAACGCAAACAGCAGAUCCAAAAGGCCCGAGAUGCCGCCGCCAGACAAGCCAAGCUCGAAGGCAAAGGAUUAGGUGAUGUGGAUGAUGGAGCUGAUUUGGACGCGAAGACGUGGUUGAAAACCCAGAAAAAGAGACAAGCACAAAUCGAGCGUGAGCGAGCAGAGCGACUAGCCCGGGAGCUGGCAGAACGAGAAAGAGAGGCUGCGCUGGAUUAUUCCUCCAAAGAUCUCGCCGGCGUGCAGGUUGCCCAUGAAAUCGGCGAGUUCGAAAACGGCGAAUCCGAGCAAAUCUUGACCUUGAAGGAUACGGAGAUCGCCACCGGUGACCAGAGCGACCAGGAGGACAUCCUUGAAAAUGCAGAUCUCGUUGCCAAGGAAAAGCUCGAGGAAAAGCUGAAUCUCAAAAAGAAGAAGACGGCGUAUGAUGUCAAUGAUGAUUCGGAGAAGGGUCUCCUGUCGCAGUACGACGAGAGAAAACGCAAGGCAUUUACAUUGGACGGACAGGGUGCAACCUUGGAGGAGCGAGAUGCUAAGCGUCAGCAAAUUGGAGAUGUUUUGAAGAAUACCGUCAGUCUCGACAUUUUGAAAGCCGAACCAGUCUCGGACUAUAUGGAGAUCAAAAUCAAGAAACCGAAGAAGACCAAGAAGGCAUCCAAGAGACAGAGGAUUGCCGAUGUUGACGACGACGAUAUCUUCCCUUCUCGGAACGAGACUGAUCCUGAUGCUAUGGAGCUCGAUACGGGCAGGCCUGCACCUCCCAAGGUUCGAACUACGGAAGAUCAUUUCCACGAUGACGAUGACUUGGCCAAUGCGCUUGCUAGAAACCGUGUGGCGGUUUUGAAAAAACAGAAACGCAAGCCCGAAGACAUCAUCAAGCAACUGAAAGCAGAAGAUGAGAGGGUGCGGGCAGAAACGGAAGAAGAGACUGCUGGAGGCCUCGUCCUUGAUGAUACCACUGUGUUUCUGGACAACUUGUCCUCGCGGCCAAGGGAAGAGGAAGCGACAAGGACGGUCAAGCAGUCAGUCGAACACGAUGAGGCGCAUACGCCGGCUGAGGACCAACAAGACCACCCGAUGGGAGAAGCAUACAGCGGGGUUGAGAAUGAACAAGAGCUCCUGGACAGACUCAAGCGUGAACGAUCUACCGUCACCCCCGAAGUCUCCCACAUGGGCCUGGAUGAGGAGAAGACGCUCGACCAAGGUGUAGGAGCGGCACUUAGUCUCCUUCGGCAACGUGGGAUCCUCAAGGAGACUGACGCCUCAGAGAAGACGGAACUCUACAAGGCGCGGCAGACGUUCAUCAUCGAACAACGGUUGCAAGAGGCCGAGAACGAGAGGUUGGCUCGGAUGCAACGUGAGCGUGAUAGACAGUCUGGAAAGAUGACGGGCAUGUCUGUCAAGGAACGGGAGGAGCAUGCCCGAUGGCAGAACACGCUUCGCGAACACCACAGUUCGAUCCAGGCCGCCGCCGCCUUCAAUCGCGAGUACAAGCCGGACGUUCAGAUCAAGUACGUGGACGAUGACGGCCGGAUGAUGAAUCAGAAGGAGGCGUUUAAACAUCUCAGUCACCAGUUCCACGGCAAAGGCAGCGGCAAGUUGAAGACAGAGAAGCACCUCAAGAAGAUCGCCGAAGAGAAAAAGAGAGAGGCGGCCAGCAUUCUGGACAGUAGCCAGUUGAGGGGCAUGAGCAACGCCCAGGGCACCAUGGGCAAGAAGAACAAGCAGGCCGGCGUGCGGUUGGCUUGA